AUCAAAACAAUUCUGCAAUCCUGCAAAUUUGACAGCUUUUUGGUUAAUUGUAUUUAUCCAAGUAAAUUUAGAAAAACAUUGGAUUUUAUUUUUUAUAGAAUUAUAAAUAAAGACGACUGAUUGGAAUAGUAAUGAGGAGAUUCAUUAAUAACUGUCAAAUUUAGAAUUAUAAACAGCACCUCAGUUAUGUGCAGGAUAAGACAAGGAAUUCUAAUAUUAGAAUUAUGGCUAUUACUUAAAAUGAGAAAGUUACUUUACUUCUUUUUGAAAUGGUUAAAUCCUAUUUUAAAAAUAUCGUCUUUAAUGGCACUUGGCGCAGGUUUACUUUUUAUAUACGCAUUUUUUAAUGUAAAGGACGAGAUUCUACCGUUUUCAGAGAAAUUCGAUUGUAGAAAAAACGAUAAUUGCAAAUAUUCCGAAGUCCCAGAUAUAUCGAAAUUAUGUUCAUCUCCUAUGGAAAAAGAACUUCUUCGUUUGAAAACAAAGACUUUUAGUCUAGAAAAAAUGCUACAAAAAUUGAGACUCCAUUUAGGCAGAUUUUAUCCUUGUGAACAUAAAGAAUUCAAUGAAAUGGCAGACUUUGCGGCAGAAGCAGUCGGAGGUUGUGUGAUUGAUACACCGGAUACGGAGACAUAUUAUCCGGUUACACUCACUUUUUAUGGAAUUCCGCUUUGGAAGCCAAUUUAUCACACUCCUCGAAAAAUAAUACAGCCAUGGACUGAGGCGGGGGAAUGUUGGGCUUUCAAAGGAUCCUGUGGAAAAUUUAUUAUUGAAUUAGCUCGAGCUGCAGUAAUUAGUCACGUAACAUUGGAAAAUAUUCCAGUAUCUGCAUCCAUAACAGGAUCAAUUGAUUCCGCACCAAAAAAGUUUAGCAUUUAUGGAGAUUUUCAAAAUGAAUUCGUCUACAUCGAUUCGUUUACUUACAACAUUCAUGGCUCUCCCUCUCAAACUUUUGCUGUUAAGAACAGUGAAAUAAGUCAAUCGCCAUUCAAGCGAAUACAACUAGAAAUACAUUCGAAUUGGGGAAAUCCUGAAUACACAUGCGUCUAUAGAUUUAAAGUUCAUGGUCAACAAUUUGAUUAUUACACUUGACAUCGUCGCAACAUUUUUUUUUUCGAAACACGCAAAUAUUUUACUCAAUACUUUCCGAAGUUUUUUUUAUCUUUUUUUAUUGUUUUUUACUAGUCUAAACCUUUAGGCUAACUUGUAUAGUAUUUUUUUUUUAUAAUAUAGUUUUAACCACGAUGCGAUUUGCGAGAAGACUGGUUUGUGAUAGUAUUGAUAACGUAAUUAAUAAAGAAA